AUGAGAAAAAAUGUGCCCGCCAUUCGACGUCGUUUCAAGGAAAACGUAAAGCCAAUUACUACGGAGUAUAGUGAAAUAGACAAAUGGACAGUGAAUAGUAGCGGCGAUGAGGAGCGACUACGCGCGCGUAAGGUUUGGAGCCGUUGGGGCAAAUGGAGUGACUGCUCCGCUUCGUGUGGAGGAGGCUCUAUAAUCCGUCGUAGACUUUGUGUCGCUGGGAGAUGUGCUCCUGGAGAGUUUGAAGAGCAGCGAAGACCCUGUGCCAAAGCGCCUUGCGCUCCGUCUGCUGACGUAAUUGCUUCUGAUGAUCUGCGUGAAACUGAAUAA